AUGACUUCCAUGGAAACAUCUAUGACUGAAAUAAAAGAGAUGAUGAAGCAGAUGUUGGAACAUUCUCAAAGUCAGCCUAACACUCAGCAAAUUGCCAAUGAGCUAUGGAAUUCUGUGCAACCAAUCCUCCAAGCUCAAAGGAAUUUGGCUGAAAUCAACCACAACACUCAUAUGGAACUCAUAAGGAAUAUGGUUGAUGCUAGGUACAAGGCUGGAAAACAAAAAGGGAUUGAUGAGACCCUGAACAAGAAAGCUGAAGAGAUUGCUUUGGAAAAGCAGAAGCAACAAGAUACAAAGGAAUCUAAAGCUUCCAGUUUGAUUAAGAAAGAACAGGAUGAGCAGAAGAAAAAGGAGAAUAUUGGCACUUCACAAAGGAGGAAGUCUUCAAGAAGUGUAAGAAAGCCAAGAGCCAUCCCUUCUAAAACCUCUACUGAACCUGCUAAAACUGUAUCCUCUACUAAAUACAAAACCACUACUGAACCCAAAACGUCCGAACCUAAAGCCAAACCUUCACCACAAAAACCCUUACCACAACAACCACCACUAAAGAAGCAAAAGAAAGCUUCACCACCACCAUCACCAAUCCACCCAACAGAUGCUAGUACAACAAAUGUAUCAGCAGAUGUUAGCCAAACCACUGCUGAUUCACCAGUUGUUUCAGCAGCUUUUAGCCAAACUUCUGCCAUAGUCAUUUUCUCUACACCACCAAUCACUCAACCACCUCCAUCAUCAAUCCACCCAACAGAUACUGGUAUAACAAAUGUAUCAGCAGAUAUAAGGCAAACCACUGUUGAUACACCAGUUGUUUCAGCACAUGUAAGCCAAACCUCUGCCAUGGUCAUUUUAUCUACACCACAAAUCAGUCAACCACCUCCCACACCACACAGAUUUCCCACACAUCCAUCUUCAUCACCAAAACUUACAUCAUCACCAAAAGUCAGGGGAACAUGCAAAAGAAAAGUUUUUGUAGUGCAAGAAGAUGAUGAGGAGAUUAAAUCACCAAUCCCCUUAUCAUCUGUCCCCACUCAAACCACACCACUUUCACCAUUUCCAUCAAAAUCCACUGCACCUCUACUAGCUGCUACACUAUCAUCAAUCAUUCCCUUGGCUACUCAGUAUCCUCUGGAAGUUCAAACUGUCAAAUGUGAAACUGAAUCAUUUUUCAUAAUAUAG